GCCACGAGUCCAUCCCCAUCACCCUCUCCUGCUUAAUCUGCAGCGGAGAGCAAACCAUGAGCGCCGAGGCGCGAGAAGAGGUGCCCAAGGGCGAGGAGGAAGCGAGCCGGUUGUUGCAGUCCCAUUUCGCAUCGGCGUCGGACGAUGAGGAGGUGGCAUUCGAGGCGCGGGAGAAGAUACUGAUCGCCAACGGGGAAGAGUCGGAGACGGAGGGCGUGGAUUCUUCCUGGGUCCCGCCGUUCUCGUGGAAGAAGCUGUGGAUGUUCACGGGGCCGGGGUUUCUGAUGAGCAUAGCGUUCCUGGAUCCGGGUAAUCUGGAGGGGGAUCUGCAGGCGGGGGCGAUUGCGGGCUACUCGCUGCUGUGGCUGCUCAUGUGGGCGACGGCCAUGGGGCUGCUCAUCCAGCUUCUCUCAGCCAGGGUCGGGGUUGCCACGGGCCGCCACCUGGCCGAGCUCUGCAGGGACGAGUACCCCAACUGGGCCAGGCUGGUGCUUUGGUUCAUGGCCGAGCUGGCCCUCAUUGGCGCCGAUAUUCAGGAGGUGAUUGGGAGUGCCAUCGCUAUCCGGAUUCUCAGCAACGGGUUCUUGCCGCUUUGGGCCGGAGUCAUUAUUACGGCGUCCGAUUGUUUCAUGUUUCUAUUUCUUGAGAACUAUGGAGUGAGGAAGCUAGAAGCUGUGUUUGCGGUUCUCAUUGCGACCAUGGCUCUAUCAUUCGCCUGGAUGUUUGCGGACACAAAACCCAAUGGGAAAGAACUUUUAAUGGGCAUUUUGAUUCCAAGACUCAGCUCAAAAACAAUUCGGCAGGCUGUGGGAGUUGUGGGAUGUGUCAUAAUGCCUCACAAUGUAUUCUUGCACUCUGCUUUGGUACAGUCAAGAAAGAUUGAUCCCAACAGGAAAGGCCGGGUUCAAGAAGCACUCAACUACUAUUCAAUUGAGGCAUCGAUUGCACUCUCAAUCUCCUUCAUGAUCAAUUUGUUUGUCACAGCUGUUUUUGCCAAGGGAUUUUAUGGUACUGAAAAAGCCCAUGGUAUUGGACUAGUAAAUGCAGGGAAGUAUCUUGAGGAGAAGUACGGAGGAGGACUCCCAAUUCUUUAUAUCUGGGGUAUUGGGCUAUUGGCGGCUGGACAGAGUAGCACAAUAACUGGCACCUAUGCUGGACAGUUUAUCAUGGGAGGCUUUCUCAACCUCCGUCUUAAGAAAUGGCUGAGGGCUUUGAUCACACGGAGUUUUGCAAUUGUGCCAACUAUCAUCGUAGCUCUUGUAUUUAAUACAUCUGAGCAUUCGUUGGAUGUCUUGAAUGAGUGGCUUAAUGUGCUUCAGUCAAUACAGAUUCCUUUUGCACUUAUUCCCCUUCUUACAUUGGUGGCCAAUGAGCAGGUCAUGGGGGUCUUCAGAAUUGGGCCUGUUCUUGAGAGGGUGGCAUGGACUGUGGCAGCACUGGUAAUGGUGAUCAAUGGGUAUCUGUUGCUAGAUUUUUUUGUAUCUGAAGUUAAGGGACUGCUGUUUGGUUUUGUGGUCUGCACUGGCACAGCUGCAUAUAUAGCAUUUAUUGUGUAUCUGGUUUUACGCAGUGGCGCCGUUCCUCCCGAUUGGAUUACCAUACUGUCCAAGAGGUUUGCUUACACUGGGAACUGAUCUCAACAAAUAUUAUAUAUGUUUCAAGAAAGUAAAAAAAAAAUUUCUUAAGCAUGCCGCUGCUGCUGAAUAGAGCUGCUUUGUAGCACAAGAGGGUCAUCAAUCUGCUCUUCAGAAGUGAAGCAUUCCUUCUAAAUAACCACCUCUAACCUUAGAGCGUCUCGAAUGUGAGUAUACAGAUACAUACAAUUGCAAGCAUUUGCCUUUAACUGCACUUUUUGCAUGAUGGAGCUUCAUGGAGUUGCAUUCCAAUAGUUGAUCGGUCCAUGAUAUUCUUCUCUACAUUUCAGAGGAUAUCUGUAGCAUUGAUUCAACCUCUCAGGACGAGUUACCCUUGCUGUACAAGAUACAGUGUGCUUAUUUAUCUCCCCAGUAAGAUAGAUUAAAAUGCUUUCCUUUUUUUUUUAUGUAACAGCUUAUUGUGUACCAUAGUUGAACUGGCAACAAUUUGUUCCCUUGAAGGGAUCAAUACAAUAGGAUGAAGGGAAUUCUGCAGAGCUGUUGUCUCUCGCUCUCUCUUUACACGUUUUUCUGGCGUCCAAGACAGACACAUGAAUGAUGAGUCCCGUGAUUUUAAGCCAUCAUUAAGGACCAAACGCUUUCAUGACAUUUGCUUCAACUUACUGGAGUUACUCUUUUAAGUGUAAGCGCACUGAUAAAUUUUAUGGACGUGAAUGAUAUAAAUUUUGGGUAGAAUUCAAUUUCA